GUUGGAGCCUCUGAUGUUUCACUUCCUGCUGCGAUGCAGAGUUCAGUCUGAGAAGAAGAAGAAGAGGUUCAUGUGGAGGAUCACCUCCUCGCUGUGACACCAAGAUGAAGCUGCUUCAGUUCCUCUUCAUCCUCCAGCUGAGCUCGCUCUCUCCAGCUCUUCUUGAUGCUUCCACUCCAGAUGCUGGGGUCCAAGUGCCACCUGAAGACAUGGACGACGACCCUUACGUUCAUCACCUCGGCAGCACAUGCAGGUGGACUCUCAGGAUGCCUGGGAACAGGAGUGGGGAGGCGGUUCCACUCCCACCGGACUAUUUAGACACUCUGGCUGAGUGGAUCUGCCAGGACCUGAAAUGCGGAAGAGUUCAUAUUAUGAAGGAAAUCGUUGCACCUCACGACAGCAAGUGCUUCCAGGACUGCGUGUACCGGGACGGCCGUCUGCAGAGCUGCUUGGAGACGUCUACUCCAGGAUGCAUCGUGCUCACAGACGUGGUUUGUGGUCAUCAGUCCGUUCGGCUGGAGGGACAUGAGGAUCAGUGUGCCGGGCGGGUGGAGGUAUGGAAGGACGGGAACUGGGGCACGGUGUGUGACGACAGAUGGGACCUGAGAGAAGCCAAGGUGGUUUGCGCCCAGCUGGGCUGUGGGACCGCUCUCAGGGUGACGGGUCAGAAUGGAUUGUUCCCUCCAGGGAGCGGACCGAUUCACCUAGACGAGCUGAACUGCACUGGGAACGAGCAGAACCUGUGGUUCUGUCCGGGUGUCCAGGAAAACUCCGACUGCGGACACAAAGAGGACGCUGGUGUGGUGUGUUCAGAUUCGAAGGCGUUUUUUGGAGUAGCCACAGAAGGUGUGACUGAGUUGAUGACCACAGCUCGUCUUGCCGGCGCUCCGUCGCCUGAACAUCUCAGCAUCGUGGUUCUGGCUCUUGGACUGCUCGUUUUUGCCAGCCUGAGUUUGGUUCUCUGCUGCCUUUACAGGCGACAGCACGUGUUUCUCCUGCAGCAGACUCGCUCCAAGCAGACGGCGCCCAGCGAUCCUCCUCUGAACCUCUACAAGGUGAACCAGAACCUGGUGAGAGCCGGUCCCGCCCCGCUGCAGACCGUCGUCCCGUCCGACUCCAGGACCGUGUGGAGCCAGAUCAGGAGAGCGGACGGCGCGUCAGGAGACCCAGACCGUGAGCCGUCUGCCAGGAUGUCCACCUUUCACAAUUCUCAAAGAUACAGAACAGACCUGAAGCCGCCAGCGAAGCCUUCAGCCCUGAGGGGCCUGAGUGAGGAAGGCUCCUGCGCAGCCGCAGAUGGUCGGUUCCGCGGAUCGUCCAGGAUCUCCGAGGAUUCCUUCGACUCGUCCAGCACCUCGUCUGGCGAAUGCUACGAAAAUGUGACUCCCAGCCAGAACCUGACCCGGUCAGGUUGGUCCAGAAGCCAACAGAACCUGACAUCAGAACCGGGUCAGAACCAGGCUGGGAACCCGCCGCCCUACACCAACACUGGUUUCCAGUUUGCACUGGGAGGAAAGGGGGCGGAGCCAAGCUCAGGUGAUGAUGAAGAUGAUUAUUGUCCUGUGAGCCCAGACUGAAAACCUUCAUCUGAUGAUGAUGAUGAUGGGAAUGAAGGACAGCCCCCCCCCAACCCCUCAGAGGAACAUUCAUGGAUUCAUCUUCAGAUUGUGAAACGAUUAGAAGCAGAAAUCAGAUUUUUAUUCCUGACCAGAAAUUGGAUCAAACUUUGGUCCAAUCAGCAGAGAGGAGCAAACUGAGCGCGCUCAGUGUGUCAGGAGGCAGAGCCAGUCAGGCAGCCAUGUUGUCGAUUUGUUUACUGUGGAAUAAUUUGAACUCCUGCUUCAGAUCCCAUGAACUUCAUUUCUGACCUGAUCAGGAAUUUCAUUGAACGUCUCGGAUUUCUGUUCAGGAACGUUUAGCAGAAGCUCCUUCAGACAUUUUCUCGUCAAAUCUUUUCUCCAUGUCCAUCUCAAAUGUUUACUUUUCUAACUGUUUUAGUUUGUAGCUGAUGGCACUUUAAAACGCAUUCAGUGGAUUUUAUUUUAUUGUUUUAAAUCAUGCCAACUCUUUGGCUCAAAAUAAAAGGUUCAAAACUCAAAA